AUGCCCUCAUCUAUUGAAGAGGAAAUAGGCGGAUUCACGUUGUCCAUAGAUAUUGCUAUUAUUCUGUACGGAAUUGUCACCGCGCAGGCAUACUUCUACUGGUGGGCAUCACAAGAGGACUCGAGUUUGCUUCGUUCGAUGGUUGUAUCCGUGUGGUGUAUAGAGACCGCGCACACCCUAUUCUGCAUAUAUAUGAGUUACUAUUACACAAUCAUCAAAUUUGGGAAUUUCGAAGGCAUUGCCCAGACCACUUGGACCGCCGGAGCUACAUUAUUCUCAGAAAUCACGGCUACGUGCUGUCUCGGCCUGUCAGGAUUUCUGGACGUACUCAUCGCUUUCAGCCAGAUUUAUUUUCUUUGGACUAGCCGUUCAGGUCACCAGGCGACAGAUAAUUUGGUUCAGACAUUGAUGGCCUACAUUAUCAACACUGGUGCUUUGUCGAUGUGUGUUUCGAUGACUAUCAUUGCAACGUUUUGGAUACCAGCGUUGAAGAGCAGUCUGCUCUUUGGUGGAUUAGGCGAGAUCCAGAGCAAACGUGCGCGCUUCUCCUGA